AUGUUAAACACCUUCACAACUGGGCAUCAGAUGAGCUCUCAGCAAGGCGAGAUUCUGCUUAGAGAUAUUAAGGGGAUUGAGAUUAUACUGUUUGAGGGCAUGGUCAAAUGUAUGCUCGAAAAUGACGGUGAGUCGUAUUUAAGUGCUUAUGCUGAAGCGAAUGGCCUCACCGAAAACGAGAAGUCCGUGGUAAUGGAGGGGCUCAGAAAGGGUCUCAAGUGGGAGUGGAAGGAAUUCGAUUUUUUACACACUUGUUCUGGCAAGCUGAUCAUUCCCCACUUGCAGUUGGCUAAUGGUGUAUUUGACUAUUUGGACGAUCUGUCCCAGCUAGAGCUUUUGUUACUAGUGUCCCAGUAUUUAAACCCACACGUGCCUUGGAGCAACGAAAAAGUAUCAGAAGCUGCCAAAAAAUUACUAAAGAGGUAUCAGGAGUUUGGCACCCGCUUUCUUGCCGAGAUCAAGCCCUCUCUUCUAUCAAUUCCUAAUGUAAAGGUCUCCCUGAGUGGGUACAAAAAGACAGGCAGGGCUGCUGGACUACAGCCGUCGCUUGGAUUUUCUGGUGUCGGAAGUGGGAUUUUUGAAGACGAUAAGAGGAAGGCGUGGAAGCAUUCCGCCGAUGUUUGUGCUCUCUCGACUGUGUGCGGGUUCUUACAGAUCCCUAACGAGGAUGCGUUGUUUCAGGAUAAUUGGCCGGCUGCGAUUACGUUCAUUUUGAACGUUUUAGAUGAUUCUGAUCCCUUGUUCCGUGCUCAGGGCUGUUUUUUGGCUCAUACUGUAUUGGACACGGGACACGAGCUGGUGCUUCUAAAGUCUGGACUUGUGGAUCUAUUUCUCGAGUCUACCGAGACGUGCUUGAACUAUCUACCGAACCUAACGCCUGCCAAUGUUUCUCUCCACCUUCUACAAGCAUCAUAUCCGUUACUAGUCCGAUUGAAGUCCAUUCGUCAGGCAACGCAUCUAUCGUACACUGAGGUUCUAGAGAAAAACAUUCUUGGCUCUAUCACACACGUCCAGGGUCGUGACUACAACAACGAGACUAACUCGAUUCUUGCAUUUCUUCUCUCGCAAGCCGAGGCAGUAAUUAUAGAGAAGCUUGAGGGCGCAGUGCUAGGAUGCUUCCUGAGGCUCAACUACACCUUGUGUCAGCUCAUCACUGAUCCUUUUCUUAUAGAUACUGACGGUGGCGCUGAGGUUAUUGAUAGGGCACUUAGUGUUCAGUUAGGCUGCUCGAAAGUUUUCUUGCAGAUAGACGAUGAACAAGGUAGCUCGCUUUACGCCUCCUACAAGUACGACUUUUUAGCAGCUUGGGUGGUGCUCUUGAGGAGGGUCACCAAGUUCAAAGUGGGCACUUCAGCUACCAUGGGACUCAUAAAGAGUAACAUCGAGAAAUUGAGCGCACUAGUGGGUCUUGAAAUUGUGAAAGAGGACUAUUCUGCUGCUCUAGAGAGGAAUCCUGAUUCGCUACCACGGUGGAGCGUGCUCAUUCAGUAA